UAUAAUUCAAAUUAUUGAAAACAUUUUGUGUGCGUUUCUUUCUACUAGUACUGUGAAUGUAAACAAUAUGUAUCAGGAAUUUUAUCAGUUUUAGAUAGAGAGGGCUGGUGAAGGCAGAUAGAAGAUGAUAGAUCCAUCUUCAUCUGAAGAGGACAGUGAAGAAGAACAUGGAACCGGUCACCAUGUUGGGCAUCAUCCUCAAUCGCAUCACCAUCACCAUCAUUCGACAAGCCAUUCACAUGUCGAAUCUUCACCAUAUCACCAAACUCAUGGUACCGAUUUGGGCAGCGGCAAUUUGGAAGUCCCAGCUCCAAAUGCAUCGCUGGGACAGCGUUCGUUAUCACCAUCCAGUGCCGUAUCGGCUGAAACGAUUAGCCAUAGUUUGGGGUCUUCCAGAGCAAAUUCCUUACCCCGACCCACCAGCCCGUCGCCAUCAGUUGCCUCAGAAAAAACCGAGGUAGAUCUUGUCGAGAAGCAGGAGCGCGAAGAAGAAGAGCGAAAAAGGAGAAUACAGCUUUAUGUUUUUAUAUCGAGAUGCAUAGCCUAUCCGUUCAACGCCAAGCAGCCUACCGAUAUGACGAGGCGGCAAACUAAAAUAACGAAACACCAGUUAGAAAGUAUCAUAAAUAGAUUUCAAAGUUUUUUGAAAGGAGAAACGCAAAUAAUGGCCGACGAAGCCUUUCAGAACGCUGUACAGAAUUAUUUCGAUGUUUUUUUGAAAUCUGAAAGGGUCGUAAAAAUGGUCCUAUCUGGUGCUUGUUCGCAAUAUGAUUUUAGAGAAGUUUUUAGGAAUAAUAUAGAAAAACGAGUUAGAUCUUUACCCGAAAUGGAAGGUUUAAGUAAAGAGACCGUAUUUACAUCCUGGAUGGCAAAGUUCGACUGUAUAUUAAAAGUUACCGACGAGGAUUCGAAAAGACCGUCUAGAAUGCAGCAAAAUAAUUUAAAUUCUGAAUUAAUUUUAUCUAAAGAGCAAUUAUACGAUAUGUUUCAACAAAUUCUCGGUGUGAAAAAAUUCGAACAUCAGCUGCUGUUCAACGCCCUACUGCUUGAUUCGGCCGAUGAACAAGCGGCGGCUAUCCGAAGGGAGUUGGACGGUAGAAUGCAGAAAGUGGCAGAAAUGGAAAAGAACCGCAAGCUAAUGCCAAAGUUCGUGCUGAAAGAAAUGGAGUCCCUUUACAUCGAAGAACUAAAAUCGUCGAUUAACUUAUUGAUGGCGAAUCUGGAGUCGCUACCAGUAUCGAAAGGAUCGAUGGAUUCCAAAUAUGGGUUACAAAAACUAAAACGCUAUAAUCACAGAUCGCAAGGAUCUUUAGCAAAGCUCGAAGGAGACUCCGCAGAUAGUGAUACACAGCUAACUAAGCUUGAUGUCGUUUUGACUUUUCAACUUGAGGUGAUUGUAAUGGAGGUGAGAGGUUUGAAAUCGUUGUCACCGAACCGAAUAGUUUACUGUACAAUGGAAGUAGAGAACGGUGAAAAGUUACAAACAGAUCAAGCUGAAGCCUCUAAACCCAUGUGGGACACUCAAGGAGAUUUUUGCACUACCCAUCCAUUGCCCAUCGUUAAGGUUAAGUUAUAUACUGAGAAUCCUGGAAUGCUUGCCUUAGAGGACAAAGAACUAGGAAAAGUUAUUAUAAAGCCUACUCCACUAUCAUCUAAGGCUCCAGAGUGGCACAAAAUGGCAGUACCCAAAAACCUACCUGACCAGGAUUUAAGGAUAAAAAUAGCUUGUAGGAUGGAUAAACCCUUAAACAUGAAACAUUGCGGUUAUCUAUAUGCAAUAGGAAAAAGCGUAUGGAAAAAAUGGAAGAAACGCUAUUAUGUUUUAGUUCAAGUAUCCCAAUACACUUUCGCAAUGUGCAGUUACAAGGAAAAGAAAUCAGAGCCGUCUGAGAUGAUGCAAUUAGAUGGGUACACUGUGGAUUACAUCGAGGCUUCUAGUGCCAACUUGAUGGUGGGAAUGGGUAAGCACUUGGAGGGUGGUAGAUAUUUCUUUAACGCCGUUAAGGAAGGAGAUAGUAUUAUUUAUGCGAGUGACGAUGAAAAUGAAUGUCAUCUCUGGGUUAUGGCUAUGUAUAGGGCCACGGGACAGUCUCACAAACCUACACCUCCACUUACUUUGCAGGAUAAAAAUUCGACCAUAUCAAAAAUUCAAGGCGAUGCGGAUAGAGCAAGAAAACAUGGAAUGGAGGAUUUUAUUUCUGCUGAUCCAUGCCAAUUUGAUCAUGCUAAUUUAUUUCGAUUAUUACAAAAUCUAACGCUGGAAUAUAGGCUAAACGAUCCAUAUUGUUCUUUGGGUUGGUUUAGUCCAGGUCAAGUUUUCGUUCUCGACGAGUAUUGUGCAAGAUAUGGCGUCCGGGGAUGCUAUAGACAUUUGUGUUAUUUAUCAGACCUAUUAGAUAGAGCCGAGAAGAAUCUUAUGAUAGAUCCCACCUUAAUUCAUUAUAGUUUCGCGUUUUGCGCAAGUCACGUACACGGAAACAGUAAUAACUUUAGACCGGAUGGAGUGGGAAGCGUCACACAUGAAGAAAAAGAAAAGUUUCAAGAGGUCAAAGAGCGCUUGCGCGUUUUAUUAGAAAAUCAAAUUACUAAUUUCAGGUAUUGUUUUCCUUUUGGUAGACCAGAAGGUGCUUUAAAAGCAACUCUUUCAUUAUUGGAAAGAGUUUUAAUGAAAGAUAUUGUCACACCAGUGCCUCCAGAAGAAGUUCGUGGAAUGAUUAAAAAAUGUUUAGAGACUGCUGCUUUAGUAAACUAUACUAGGUUAUCAUCAGAAGCUAAAAUUGAAGAAGAUUUACGGGGUGAGACUAUGGUUUCACCUAGUAAGAAAUUAGAUGAUUUAAUUCAUCUUGCUGAACUUUGUGUCGAUCUUCUACAGCAAAACGAAGAACAUUAUGCAGAGCAACUGCGCAAGGCAGACCGGCAACCGUCAAGUCAAGCAGCCUCAGCGGGCGCAAAUUCAAAUUCUAGUCAGCCAGCGCCCGCUCCAGGCACCCCUGGCGGCCGUGACGCCAAGCACCCUUCUGUGUCUCGCUAUUGCAUGCCUCAGCAUGCUACUUACACCCCACCAGAUCCUACGGCCUUUGCGUGGUUUAGCGACUUACUAGUUGAACACGCUGAAAUAUUUUGGUCUUUGUUUGCUGUGGAUAUGGACAGGGUAUUGGCAGAACAACCAGCAGACACUUGGGAUUCUUUUCCACUAUUUCAAAUCCUGAACGAUUACCUUAGGGCUGACGAUAAUUUGAAGAAUGGACGAUUUCAUCAACAUUUGAGGGACACUUUUGCACCGCUAGUGGUAAGAUAUGUAGAUCUUAUGGAAUCUUCUAUUGCUCAAUCAAUACAUAAAGGUUUCGAAAAAGAACGAUGGGAAGUUAAAGGUAUGGGAUGUGCAACAUCGGAAGAUUUAUUUUGGAAACUAGAUGCACUUCAGUCAUUCAUCAGAGACUUGCACUGGCCGGAUGCAGAGUUUAGGCAACAUUUAGAGCAGCGUUUAAAAUUAAUGGCUUGCGAUAUGAUGGAAUCAUGUAUUCAAAGAACGGAAUCUGCUUUUCAGCAAUGGUUAAAGAAAUCAGUAACAUUUAUAUCUACUGAUUAUAUCAUCCCAUCGGAAAUGUGCGCUAUGGUUAAUGUUAUAUUAGAUGCAAAGAACCAGUCUUUAAAGUUAUGCGCUGUGGACGGAAUUGAUCUGCAUCAAUAUCAUACCAAAAUAGAUGAUAUGAUAGAAAAAACAAAUGCUAAUAUGGUUCAAGGAUUAAUUAGUAAAAUGAUGUCGGUUCUUGAAGCCACGAUGUCCAAAUUGUCCAGGUAUGAUGAAGGAAGUCUUAUUGGUUCCAUUCUAAGCUUCACGAAUGUGUCUGGUUCCGGGAAAGACAUGGGACAAGGUUAUGUAAAUUUCACUAGAAAUUGCAUGGACCAGAUAAGGCAAAAAAUUACGGAUGAGCUGUGGAUUCUUACAUUCUUUGAACAGUGGUAUACAAGCCAAAUAAAUAUGUUGUGUAACUGGCUGUCAGAGCGUUUAGACCAUACUUUACAUCCUUACCAAUGUACGUGCCUUGCUCAUAUCAUAAAGAAAGUAUAUUCUGAUUUUGAACUCCAAGGCGUUAUGGAAGAUAAGUUAAACUCCAAAGCUUAUCAAACAAUAGCUCAAAGAAUGCAAACCGAAGAAGCCACGUGUGCGCUGACCAUGGGACAAGCCGAAAGUGGAAUGGACGGAGUAGAUGAAGAUGGCGAUAAUAGAAGUAAAACAAAAGUGACAAUAAUGGAAAGCUUGAGCGGAGAAGAUGGAAAUUUGGUUUCAAAUGUAGGAAACCUGAUCGGCGGAAAAGUUGGAAAUAUAUUCGGAAAAGGUCUGGGAGGAAUAGGUUCCAAAUUGGGCGGAGGAACUGGCAGUUGGUUUUAAAAUUUCGAAGUAGCAUACGAUAUAGCUUUUGUUUUUUGUUAUAUUUUGUACGAAAAAAUAUUUGGCCUGACUGAUGGUCUUCUUUUGUAAAAAUUAUACGUAACUGAAGUUUUGUAAAUAAUGUUUUUUAAUUUAUGGUUAUAAAUAACACUACGUGUUAGUUUUACGUGUUAAAGCUGUUAUUGAAUAAUUUUAAAACGCUUGAAAUCAUUCUACUUAAUUAAAUGAAGCCCAUAACGAUGAAUAUUAAGGGACCAGAGUUCUUAUUUAAACAUUUAAAUAAUAUAUUAAAACUUAACACCAAAACAUUAUUUUAAUAUUAUUCAAUUAUUUUGUAUAUAUUGGUGAUGUUAAAUGAAGGUAAAUCAUUCAAGUGUUUUAAAGUUAAAUUGUAUAUUUAACAGAUACAGGGCGUCUCAGAAUGUUUGUCUCAACUUGUACAUGUAAAAUUGGGAAAACAUUUUGCGACACCCCGUAUACUUUUAUUUGUUAGAAUUAUUAUUAUUUUGCUAGCUUUGAAAAGUACGGGUUGCCGUAGAAAUAAGAAAUUUGUGAUUUUUAUAUUUAAAAUAUAUAUUGCACAAAAAAUAAAUUAAAAGAACAUGUGGCAACCCUAUUAUAUUCAUAUGACAUAUUGAUUUUUUUUUAAUUUAUACAAAUUAAUGAAAGAAUCAUUAUCUCUUGCACUGGAUAUCAUUUUAUCAUACAAAAUAUAUCUACUUGAUAAAAAUUUUAAACAUAUCGUGUAUUUUUGAAACAUAUUUCUCAUAAAAUCAACUAGUUUUCAAUAAUUCUUACGUUAUCCAAUAUUAAUCGUUUCUUAGUAUUUUUCCUCACGUAGAAAGUAUAAUUUUUACUACGCAACUUGGUAUUGUAGCCUUUUAGGUUAAUAAGCAGAUAUUUAAACAUUUUUUAGACCAGAAAAAUUUCUAAAACAUCCUACAUACACUUCUCAGUUCUCAAAAUAAUCAACAAUUCAUACGUUAUAUCUGAUUUAAUAAGCUCAGAUACUGUGAGAGUUGUUCCAACAAUCAGUUUAACGAACUCAUAUACAUUUCAGAAUCAGGUAAAACUAUUUUUUGGGCAUUUGCUUCAAAAUGACGUCCAAAAAAUUAGUGGUUCUUAGUUCUUGGGUGUUCGUAGGAAUAAUCUUUCACGUCUUCCAAAGAAUGUAAAUAUAAAAAGAAAGAGUUCCGCUUUAACUUCAGAAAUGUAGAUACUUUAUACCUAUAUGUGGUUGUGAUUGAAAAAAAAAAACGGAAUUUUUAAAAACUACAUGACGUUAUUUUACAGAUUUUAAAAAAUGAUCUCGGAGUACGUGCUUUAGAAUGCAUUAAAAGAUAUAAAAAAAUAUAUCAGAUAUACGCGAUGAAUUAUAAAAUAGUUCACUGAACCUCUGUAGAAUUGAUCACCACUUAUUGCUUUAUUGCACUGUAUUCCGAAUUUGUACAUCAUUUUUCUCUAUUUCGGAACUACAAAAAAAAAAGGAUAUUUAAAGAAUACUCUUUUGCAAUUACUACUAAACCAGAUCAAAGUUGAAGUAGUCAUUAAAAAAAAACAAAUUGUUCUCUUUAUUUUGUCCAGUAUUAAUAGAAUAGACAUUCCAAUUUCCAAUUCGAAAUAAGGCAGAUAAUACAGAUGCCUGAAGUUAGCAUCUUAAAUCUCAGCAUAUUAUAUUUUAAGCAUAGUUCUUGUGGUAUCCGGUAUAGUUCUAUGGUUCUUGAUACUUUUUAUUAAUAGUUCUGUCGAAUUUAGUACCGAAAACUGCAAUUUAAAAAGUGACAAGUUCUAGAAUAUAUAUAUAACGCUUCUCAAAGAUAACUAGACUAUGUUGGCAUGGAAUAUCGAAGAAUUCUAGUCUCUAGCACUCUUAAAUUUUUUUUAACUAUUAGUAAUAAAGAGAAAUUAUAGACUAUAGUAAGAUGCAAGUAAAGGUACUGCAACAGUUCCGCCUCAUUCCUUAUGUAAAUUAAUAUGGGAAAGCGCUAAGGUUUAUUCUGCCAAUUUUUGUCGCUUUCAAGUACACGAGUCGAAGUUCGAAUAAUGACAGCUGUCAACUGUAACAUCUGUAACCUGUCAGUGGUGCAACUCGGCAAGCGACACUUCUAAGUGAUCCGAGAUGGCGAUCCUCGCUACUUCCAAAAGUCACCAUGAAAUAGCGCCACGUGUUACCAGUCAUAAGCCAAAAGUCUCAACUUUCAUUGAAUAGAAUCAAACAGGAAAAAAUGGGGGAGUGGGGGGGAAUUACAUGCGUUGAAGAGAAAAAUCAUCAAUGUCAAAGUCAAAAGGACCUAAGUUUUGGCGUCAUGUCACCAGGAGUUAGAUAUCAACAAAGACAUAGAGAGAGAGAGAGACUGAAAGGCAGACAAAUGGAAGAAGGAGGCAGACAUAUGAUCAUACGAACAGAUAAAGUCAUAAAAAAUUUUUACAAAUUCAAUUGGUAUUACAUCGAUGAGCAAGUAAACAAUGCGAUGCAGCUGUCAAAAUGAUAGGAAGGGGAAGUCAAAAAGAUCAUGGGUUUCGUAUUGAGAAUAAGUGGCAGGUAGAAAUCUCAUCGGUAUCGUUCAUUGGCGUAUCGUCAUUGACGAUAUUAAUAACAAUACUUUUUAUUGUUAAUUUACAUAAGGAAUGAGGCCGAACUGUGGCAGUACCUUUACUGAUGCAGUCAUAUUAUGAUGAGUUCUAGAAUAUGCAAUGCUUCCUCAUGAUAACUCUCUAGUACUUUUUCAGUAAUUUUAAGUAAUAAUGACAAACAUAAUUUAUAGACCAUACUGGGAUACUGGCACAUUAUGAUUAGUUCUAGAAUAUAGAAUAAAUGAUAUAAUAUGAAUUGCUUUUGUUAUUAAUACUUAAAAUUAUUCAAAAUUGCUAGAUGCUAGAACUUUUAGCGAUUCCAUGCAAAGAUAGUGUAGUUAUCAUUUAGAAUCGUUAUUCCAGAACUGGUAACAAUGUGCCAGCAUCUCACUAUGGUAUAUAAUUUAUAAUGCUAGAGGCUAGAACUAUUUGGGUCUCAAGUCAGAUAGGGUUAAGUUAUCAUUUAGAAGCAUUAUAUAUUCUAAAACUCGUCAUAAUAUAACAGCAUCUCACUAGAGACUAAGACUCCAUAAUUUUUGUUUAUUAAUAUUACUUAAAAUUAUUGAAAAAGUGCUAGAGGCUAGAACUCUCUGGGUUUCAGUGCAAAAAGAUUUAUGUUAUCAUUUAGAAGCAUUAUAUAUUCUACAACUCGUCAUAAUAUGACAGCAUAUCUCACUAUAAUCUAUAAUUUUUGUUUAUUAUUAAUACUUAAAAUUAUUUAAAAAUUCCUAGAGGCUAGAAGUCUUCGGGUCUCAAUGCAAAGAGAAUUAAGUUAUCAUUUAGAAGCUUUAUAUAUUCUAAAACUCGUCAUAGUGUGCCAGCAUCUUACUAUGGUAUAUAAUUUCUGUUUAUUAUUAAUACAUAAAAUUAUUCAAAUAGUUCUAGGGGCUAGAACUCUUCGCGACUCCAUGCAGAAAUAGUCUAAUUAUCACUUAAAAGCGUUACGUAUUCCAGAACUCGUUAUAAUGUGCCAGGAUCUCACUAUGGUCUAUAAUUUUGUUUGUUAUUAUUACUUAAAAUUAUUGAAAAAGGGCUAGAGGCUAGGACUCUUCGGUUCUCAAUGCAGAGAGUGUUAAGUUAUCAUUUAAAAGCAUUAUGUGUUCUAGAAGUUGUCAUAAUAUUUAUUUAUAAUGUUUUUAAGAGGGCCAGGGCUAUAAAUGAAAUAAUUUAGCUAUGCAAACUAACAAGAACUUUAGAACUAUUCAUAAACUAUCAAUUUACCGUCUGCUUUUUUUAAAUUUUAUUUUAUUUAUUACAUUGGGAGGCUAACUUCCGGCCCUUAGCAUCUCAUUUCAUAAAUUGCAGUAUUCGGUACUAAAUUCGACAGAACUAUUGAUAAACAGUAUCAGGAACUAUAGAACUAUAGCGGAUGCCACAAGAACUCUGCUAAAAUAUGAGAUGUUGAGAUUUGAGAUGCUAACUUCACACACCCAGAUAGUACCACCUAAAUAAAACAAAAUAAAUCAGAAAACUUUCGCAAUUAAAGAGUUACAAGAAGAAGCAAAUAAAUAGUCGUAACCUCGUUUUACAGUUAUUGGUGUUAAAGUAUAUAAAAAUAUUUUUUAUCACAUUUUUGGACUAAUAAUUUAUUUAUUUUAGAUGAUUAAUUGUAUAUAAGUAGCAACAUUAUUAUUAAAGAAAAGCAAAAUGAUUGAAUAGUUAUUACUAUUUAUAAAUAAAAAACAAAUUAAACGUUUAUUUACAUACUAAUGGAACACCCGGUGUGUAUGAUCUGAGAGUGACUAUAGACAAGCAAAACAUCCACGCUUAAUCAAAACAUCUACAUAUACAUUACAAUUAAAAUACAGUAAAAUAAAAAAAAAUUCAACUGUAAUGUCUACUUUUCAUUCAUUUUAUUUAUUUAAAAGAAGUAACUAUAGAAAAAAUUGAUUUAUUUCUAAUGAAAGGGAUUCCAUGAUCUUAUUUUGCCUUUCAAGUUUUUCCCGAUUUUUAAUUUAUGCCAUUACAUCUUAUCUGUAGCACAUUAAUUAUUAAUAUUUUUAGUCCUAGAGCCAACAUACAGAUUUGUGACUUAUUUUCUUAUGGCUGAAUUUAUUAUUAAAUUGUGCUAUGAUAGGUAUACUUCAUUAAAGCGCGACGUUCAGACUGGGGCGCUUAGGUAACUGUAGUAACUAUAGUGGUACGUACCUAUCAAAAAUUAGACUUAUUUUCUUAACAUUUUCGUUAUGUUCAUUCGACGAUAAGUACCCACCUACAAGAAACAAUAAACCCUCCAUCAUUUUCGCUGGACCAUUUUUUCUGGACUUAUUUUUAAAAAGCAAGAUAAAAAUGAUGCCUAAGAGCCCCAGUCUGAACGUCGCGCUUUCGUGAAUUCUUAGACACAUAUCACUCAAUAAGGGAGAGUGGGGGAAUUGUGCGCACUUAAGCGAAAAUAGUUAUAUCACUAAUAGCAUUGUUGCGGGUAAUGGUGCGCAAUUGUUAGGGAAUCGUGCGUAUUAAAAGUAAUAAGUAUAAGAUAAAACCAACACUAACUUUAAAAACAUUUAUUGAAGUCGUGAAUCAUAAUAUAAAAAACAUUAUACUAACUCCUAAUUUGGACGCGUUCCGUGCAAACGUAAACAACUGAUGUGAGUAAUGGCGUCAGUGAUGCUUAAAAGCCCGCGAAAUAUGAAAUAUUUUGAUGCGCACGAUUACCCGACGCGCACGAUUCCCCCACUCUCCCUUAAUAAAUUCAGACAUAAGAAAAUAAGUCACAAACUUGCAAUUUUGCUCUAGGAUUGUUUAAUUUCCUAUUUGAUUCUUGGAUUGUUUUACUUUUCUUGCAGUAUCUACCUCAUACAGUCUCUCCAUUGCGAGAACAACAAGAAACAAUUGCGUCACAUAAAUGUUAGGUACUGGAGUACAAAAUAGGUAUGGGGUUCAGCCCUAAUUACUACAUGCAUGUUAUCAAAGUUUAUUUUAUGUAGGAGUUGAACUGCAAAAAAGAGUGACGUCAAUUAUGAUGAUCGCAAUGGCUAAAUGUACGUCAACAGUUUUUUAGCCAAAAAAUUCAAAAAACUAUAGUAGUCGUUUUCUUUUUACAGGUACUAAAAGUUAUAUUCUGAUCUAAGCUAUGUUGUUAAAAGAACGCGAAUUUUAGUUGACAGGCGACGGGUCCCAUAUCAUCCGUUUAAAAACAAUCGAAAUUUUUAUCAAAUUUUAUAAUUUCUUCAACAUUCAACACUAUGAUCUUGCCCCCAGUUAUCAUAGUCUUUUAAUCUCUCUAAAAUAAUGAAUUCAUAGGAUAAGUUUGUUCGUAUGAUGCACAGAACACUCACUUUCUGUUAUGGUUUAUGGUUGACGUCAAGAUCCAUGUACCUUGACAUCGGUAAGGGGCACCUAGUGAUGUUAGGUUGGAAGUGGCAACAGGGCUUACACCGGCAUGGAUAUUUCCGUUGUUUAUUAUAAGAGCACAGCGGCUUACAAAUUUAUUUAUUGAUAAAAAUAAGUCGUAUCUGCGUAAAAUUCUUCUUUUUACCCCUUCUCUUACUUCUCACCUUUCGUCGCCUCGCCCCGUCCCUACAACUAGAGUGUAUCGAUUGUCGAAUUAAUCUUGGCAUCGUGAAUAUAUUUUAUCAAUGAAUGGUUAUAUCUCUGUUAUGGGGGGAAGAAAUAUUUUGACUUACAAUCACAAAAGAACGUACAAUUAAGCUUAGUCGAUGUAAGUUAGCUUAGAUUAGUGAUAAAAAGAAAGCGACUAUUAUAUUAAACUACAUUUACUAAUUUAUCGAAAUUUUUCAUAUUUCAACCUUGUUUUUGAUUCAAAUAUUUCUUAAAUUUAUUUUUAGUCAUAUUAUCUAUAACAUCUUUUCCAGAUUGUAUCAGGUACAGAUAUCACAUAAACAACUGAACGAAAUCAAUUCAUUCUUUGGUAAAUAUAAUUACAUUGACGGGUAAUUAGUCGCAGCAUUUUUAUAAAUCAAUAAUCAUUAAUUUUACGCAUUUCCGACAACAUGCCAUUGGUGAAUUUAUUUUAAUGAAAUUCGUUAAAUAAUAGAGAUAUAUUGCAAAUUUCUAUAACGUCAGCCAAUAAUAAGCAGUGACAACGUAGUGAGAGGCUAAAAUAAGACUUAUUACAAACCUGAAGUUUUGACAUUAGAGUUCUUGCCCUUAUACAUAUUUCUAACCUCAUUUAAAAAAUGUUAAAUUACAGUUCAUCUUUUUUGUUGUCUAUAAUAUUACAUAAUAUGAAAGAGGCAUUAGAAAUUAUUAUUUUAGAAGGUUUCGUUGACGAUGAUAUUAAAUAUUUAAUAUUAAAAAACUUCGAACUAAUACGAAUGUCGACGGGCGCACCCGAAAACUAUAAAGUCGGCACUAUCUGCUGCUCUAGAAUGUAAAUGAUGUGCGCAUGUUCAGUUGUCAAAAUAAGAGCGGCUAAUAGUGACUGACGUUAAGUGAACUUGCAAUAACUCUCUAAUAUCUGUAGUUUUAUGUCUAUGUUUGUCAUUGUUUCCAAUAGACAUGUCAUAAAAGCCAAUACUUUCCUUAAAAUAAGUAUUUUUAGGAAAUCUGUCAAACGUAAAUAACUGUUGAGUCGACCUGUGUUGACUGUUGGUCUAUUUUUGUGCCUUAAGUCAUAGAAGUGAAUUUUUUCGUUUUAUUUUUAAGUCGUAGACAACGUACAGAUGGUGCAAAUGUAGCAAAUACGCAAAAUUUCAACGUACAUAUAUUUUUGCCAAAGUGCAAUUUGAAAUUUUUGCACUAUUUGACACAAGUUGACUCAAUACAACAACUAACUGACAGAUUCCAAUACAUUUUUACUUACCGAUGUAUUUAAUAUGAUUAAGCAGUAUAUGAUUGUGUACAUAAAUUAUCUUUAUUAUUAUUAAAAUAAAAUGGUUAAUUCAAUCUAUUACGAAAUCAUAAUGGUAACUCGUAGAAAUAAAUUAAAAUAAAAGAUUUAUUGGAUUGAUUUAUAACAUUUAUAUGUCUAUUGGAUUCACUAAAGCACUAGUUCAUUAUUUAUCCAGUGCAAUUUUAUUUAAAUAAAUCGUUUUCCUUUUAAGGACUAUCGGCUUGUUGCAUAUCUUAAAAAUGAUAAGGAGAAAACUUGUUUUAUUAUUCAUUUAUUCUAUUGCAUAGAGCUGUAUCGUAUUAAUAAGACAGAGCAGACAAAGUAAGCAUGUUUUUAAACGUGGGAAUAUUCGAAACAAUUUUUGAAAGGGUUGACCAAACAUUUUUUAUCCUGUACUCAGUAAAUUUAAGAAAAUUUAGGUAUCAACACUAAACAAAUGAUCUUGUUACAUAUUUGUUUUUGGUCUUUUGGUAUAAAAAGGAUUUAGUAACGUAAACAAAUUUCUUUGUAAAUUCUUUUCUUUGUUGAACUUUUUUGAUAACAUAAAUAGGUAUUUGAAAAAAAAAAUAGGUCACUUAUAACAGUUUUCUAAAAGUUGUUAGAUACCCCACUCUAAUCUAGUAUUCUAUUAUUUAUAUAAAUAUAAUUAGCGACGAAGUAACGGUCCUAGUCAGAUAUUCAAAUUUUAAGAGCCGGCAAAAACUACAUUUAUUUUUAUUACCACUUUACUCUCCUAUAACAAUCUGCAAACUUUUAAACCAUGCAUUUAAUAACUAGAAAGUCAAGUUAGAUCAAAUAUUAUAGUUCUGGUGAUAAAACCUAUUAGAUGUGCAUUAUAAACUUAACUUAGCCCUAUUUCUAAUUCCUAAGAUUUUCUCAAUUUUAUGAACAGUACCACUCAGAAAAUUUAUAAUAACUUUAAAGACAGAAAACAGUAAAAAUAUAUUAAUAGAUAUAUAUCUGUUACAAACAUCUUUAUCAGAGUUAGUUAGAAAUUUAGUCCUAUCUAUAAGACUAAAUCGGUUAUAAUAAGAAUAAAGUCUUAGAUAAUUAUAAAGUUCGACAUUUCAUAUUAUACUCUGUAUGUAUAUCUGUCAGAUUAGGGUUCAAUCUUCCUACAAAUAAUUAUAGUUAGAACAUUUUAACUCUAAAUAAGAACAAACAGUUCUAUUUGAUUGCCUGCUUUAAAAUUAGAGUACGACCGUUAUUUUGACACUGGUUUUCCUAGAUUUCAUUUAUUUUAAAUCUUAGAUAAUAAAUGGUUACUGUGCCAUGCUCUGUUGGUAAAAUUUGGUCAAACCUUCAAGUUUGAAAGCUGGGCAUCGCGUCUUAUAGUAACCACACACAUUUAAUUUUUAUUAGAUUUUCGUAAUAUUUUGAGCUCAAAAACAGAUCCGCAAUGGAUUUGUAUGUAGGUUUGAUUCUGAAUGAAGCUGUUUUAUGAGAAUCUAAUAAAUGUAGAUGAUGCGUUGUUGCCCUUAUUGAAAUAAAUCCUAUGAGUUAAAAAUAAAAUAAUAUUAAAUCUUCACAUUCAAAUUUAAUAUCUAAUAAAGUUCAGUAUUGAAAAAGUAUCUUUAACGAUUACUGCAUGCAACCUUAAACUAUAGUUAUAUUUCACAACAAACAUUGACGAGUAUAUAGGUAUAUUAUAGUUUUCAAUUUGUAGAAUCCUUAUCAGAAUCUUAAAAUAAUAAAAAUAUAUCAUUUUUCUGGAUAGAAGAAGCUAUUAUUUCUCAUAAAAUUACUAAUUAAACCAUUAUAAAAUUUUAUAAACAUUUAAGAGAUUUUACAAAUUGAAUAACUAAAUUUUGUUGACAAAUAAUUUUUGAGUAGAUAGGAAAAAUGUAGUAUCGAAUUAUUACAAGACUCCUCAAUGUCUGGUUGUUUUCUUAAAAAGUCUUACUUCAACUUUUGAAAAUUGUUAUAUAAAUAAUAUAUGUAUAGAAUGCUUUUAUUUAAGUUCUUGUAUUUAUCAAACCUACUUAUAAAUUCUUGAAUAGAAAAUGCAAAUAAAUUUAUAAACCUAACAAAAUAUUCUUUCUUAAUAUGGAAUUAAAGUGCAAUAUAGUUGAUAAAUAAUAAAGAACCUGUUUUUGUUGUGAUCUAUUAUUAGAAACUAGUUGACUUUUACAUAUGGGCCUGUGAUGUCAACAAAAGCAUUGCUAUAUAAAUUAAUAAUUUCCUAAACUCUAUACAAAUGUUAAAUAUGUACGGGCCAUAUACAUAUUGUUAUGUUCAACUGACA